CCCCCUUUUGUAAAAAAAAAAAAAAAGGGGACAGCAUGCCAAACGGUUCUGGAAAAGAGCGAUUCCUGUCCCAUUCGUCAUUCUCUACUUUCUUUCCCCUUCCAUUGUCAAGCAUCAAAUAUUCCCCCAUCUACUUCUCGUUGCCUGAACGAGAAACAACCGCAACACCUCCUCCGUCCAACAAGCACAAACGCAAAACCAACUUUAUUGAUACAAGUAUGGCUUGGGGUGGUGGAAACGCAAACAGUGUCGAGUCGUGGGUGAAGCGUUUAAGCGAGAACGACUCGUCCUUCACCUCGCUUCAUAUCCUCUCCUUCCGUCGAAUCACAUCCUCUGAACUCGGUCAGGUCUUCGAGGCCCUCAAAUCCAAUACGACCCUACAGGAAUUCUACGCCUCCGGACAUUCCUUUGACGAGACCGCGGCCACGGCCUUGGCUCUGGCCCUGGAACAGAACACGACUUUGGAGCGGUUGAAUAUCGGAAAUGAUCGGCUUGGAAGCGAUGAGGGCGUGAUUAAGGUCCUGGCUGAGGGCUUGGCAAAGAACAAGGGGCUCAAGCGAUUGGAUCUGGAGAACAAGGGCUUGGGAGGCCAUCAUGACACGAGCGUCAGGUACUUGGCUGAGGCGUUGGAGAAGAACGACACAUUGACAGAAUUGAAUCUGGCGAGGAACAGGCUGACGGACCAAGAUAUCGAGGUCCUGUGCACGGCUUUGAGCCGCGGGAACGACAGUGGCCCGAACAACAGUACGCUGCAGAAACUGGAUCUGUGUUUGAACUCGUUUGAGGAGCCCGGCACGAGAUCGAUCGCGAAUUUGUUGGCGAGCCAGGAUCAGAUCGAGCAAGGCGGACUGACAGAGAUUGACUUGAGCGACAACGAGAUCUCGGAGGAGGCUGGUCGAGCGAUCGGACGUGCGCUCGAGACGAACAAGGUGCUGCAGAGACUCCGGAUGAGCUCCUGUAUGGAUCCUCCCUUGCCGGUCGAGGAAGGAGACGAGGAUAAGAUCCAGUGGGACGAUGAUGUUCAGGUCUUGAACAAGCGCCUCGCGCCAGAACAGGAGCAAGAGAUUCGAUCCGAUGGCGACGCGGUCCUGGAGUCAAUUGCUGCGUCCUUGAAGAUCAAUCAGACGCUGCAGGAGCUGUGGAUGGACUAUUGCAAUAUCUCAUCGAUCGGAGCGACCUUUUUGGCAGACGCCCUCCGUCAUAAUCAUGGUCUGACGACUGUACGCAUGAGAAACAACCGUAUCGGAAACAGGGGUGCCCGUGCCCUCGGGGCAGCGCUCACGUCCACAUCACCACCACCGACAUCCGCAGACCCACAGGACUCUACACCUACAGGACAUAACACGACGUUAAAGAACCUUGAGCUCGGAUCCAACAAGGUCGGUGUUCUGGGCUGGCAUGGUCUUGUCGGCGCCAGCUCUCUCGAGAGUCUUGGACUGUACGAGAAUCAGAUCAACGUCCUUCACGAGGCCCUCGAGAACAACCACGCGGUCAUCUCGCCAACAUCUGCCGUUUCAUCCGCCACGGUUACCUCGCCCACUACACCGCUGAGCGCCAGAAUUCCCAACGGCACGAGCUCUUCGAACCAGUUGCUCGAGAAAUUGGUCCAUCUGGAUGUAGGCUGCAACAGCAUCUCGCGCGAAGACUACACGCAGCUGGGCGUCUGCCUCAUCAAGGGCCUCUUGCCGUCUCUAAUUCGCCUGGAAAUUGCAGGAAAUGGUGACCGAUCACACGUACCUCCGCCUCACGACGACCACGGUGACCAUCCAGAGGAUCCAGAUGACGAACAAAGUGCAUGGGAAAGAGUUACCUCGAGAAUUGAGGAGGCACGCCCUAACUUGGCCAUCCACUGGAAGGGUGCCGGCGCCAUGCAGCAGCAGCAGUAAUAGAUUCGUUGGGCACGGCCAUAAAAAAAAAUUAUAAAAUCGGAUUAAAAGAAUGCCUUGCUUCGUGUGAACAACGUC